UCAUGCAGAGCUGGUUCUGUGCCUGCUUUGACAGCUCCUGGGUGUUGUACACCUGCGUCCUUCUGGUCCUGGUCAUCUGGGUGGCCAUGGUGACACAGCACAGCUUCUCCUGGAGAAGCAGGAUGGCUCUUCUGGUCAGCAGGCUCCGGCAGAGGGGGAUGGAGGACGAGGGAGAAGGUGCAAAGAAGCAACGGGUGAAGCAGCCGCGUGACCGGCUGUGCCAGGACCACCCACACCGCGCUCGCCAAGCUGCCAGGCGCAGCUCCAUCCGCCAGCUGCUGUGUGACAACUCGGACUGUGCCCUGUGCAACGAGGCGGCCCGGCAAGCCGAGCGGCUGGUAUACGCCGACAGGGCCAGCGUGUGGGUCCCUGCCAGGCCAGGGUCACCUCCUACUCCCGCCUCCUGCUCCAAAGGGAGGAACCUGCUUGGUAGAUCCAUGUGGAGAGGCCUGGAUGUGCUACAGGUCCUCCCACCGGCACAGGGCCCCUUCCAACCCAGCAAGACCCGUUCCCCUCCCGAGCGCCAGGCAGGCAGCCGGAAAACGGCGCGCCGCCUGCUGAGGGAGGAUGAGGAGGAGCUGUCCCACCCACAGCAGGCCAAAGACUCCUCCACAGAGCAGGACGAAUGUCUCUUCUGCUCCUCUCUCUGGGAUGAGACUCUCCUUCGUGGGCAAAAGCAGGCCCAGAGCUCCUCUUCUCUCCAGCACGAGCCGCCCCUAUUCGCUUGGGAGCUGAGAACUGGAUCAAGCCAGCACGAGCCAUUUCUUCCCAGGCGUGAGGAGUACCCCGGCCCCGCUCCUGUCCAGCACAAGCCCUUCCCUCCAAGCCAAGCGGAACAUGGCUGGGUCGGGAGUUUCCUGCGCAGAGUCAGAGCAAAGAGCCCCCAGGCCGCUCCCCAGAGGCAGGCGCAUCGCCCCGAUUGGGUGCCAUUUCUGGCCAAGUCCCCAGGCGGGACCAGGAUGUCAGGGCGGGAGGCCAAACGGCAGCGAGACCGAGAAAGCACAGCACCCAGGGCCACGGGGGAAGCUCCAAUGUCUCUGGCUGGGAGACCCCUGGCGCGGGUCAGCGCUGGAGCCCUGCGUGUGCCCGGCCGGCUCGAAUUCGCUGAAGUGGAGACCCCCUUCCUCCAGCGUGACGUCAGGGCGAGUCUCGAGCGGCACGUCCAGGUGAAGAGGCUGCAGCACACCCUGGGGCUGUCCUGCACCCUGCAAAGCGCGUUGAAGAUCUUCAUGCCCCCAGCACCAAAACCCAUCGCACGCAAACCCUCGGGGGCAGGCAGGGUGGUGAUGAUGCCACAGGCCCUGCCCUUCCUGAGCGUUGGCUCCAGGACAGAGCUGGAGCGGCAUCUGCAAAGGAUGGUGCAUCUGAAGAGAUGGGGGCUGCCCAGGAGGAUCCAGGAGUCCUUGAGGCUGCUGAUGCCAGCCACACCUCCACACCCCCGGCUCGGCCCCCUGCCGUCUGGGAGAUGGGCUCCAAGGGGGCCAGGCCCAGUGACAAGGGCAGCCCAGACGCCCGACCUCAGAGCUAGAGCCCCAGCCCAGGCCUCCCAGGGCCCCGCCAGAGCAUCCAAAUCCGCGCCCAGCUCGCACUGCUGCAGAGACACCCGGGAGCUGCAGGGGCACAUUGCCAGGAAGGGCUUGGAAAUCAGACUAGGCGCGCUGCCUGCCGUGCUGAGGAGCUCUCAGAAAAUGGCUGCCCUGGGGAGCAGAGACCUGCUCCUGCCUAAACUGAUCCCCCCAGGCUGCAAGGCCCCCCUGGCCCGCCACCGGCUCUGCCCCCUGCUCAGCUGCAAGGCAGGCAGCGUGGAGCUCAACGUGAGGCACAAGCACAUCCAGUACCUCUGGGCUCUCCCCACCCUGUACGCGGAGUCCCUGGCCAAGAUGGUGCCCUGCCCGCCCAUGCCACCCACCCCCCUGCUGCCCCUGGGUGUGGCCAUCGAGUUCUGCCCCCUGGAGACCCCCUUUGUGGCCCCCGAGGGCCGGGAGCUGCUGGAGAGGCAUGUCCUGAGGAAGCGGCUGCAGCACGAAUGGGGCCUGCCGGGCCUGGUGUGGCGAUCGCUGAGGUGUUUAAUGCCACCCCCGCCCACGCGCCCCGGGCCCAAGGGGAGCGACCGGCAGGCAGCCAUGGAGCUCCAUGUCAGCAGUGGGGCCCCUCCCAUCCCUCUGGCCACCAAGAGGGAGCUGGAAGCCCACAUCCGGUGGAGGGUAGCCGAGAGGAGGUGGGGGCUCCCCAGGAGGGUGCAGGAGUCCCUGCGGGGCUUCAUGCCCCCCACGACCGCAGCUCUGGGGACACAUCCAGACACGCAAGGCAGAAGGGCCAGCCGGCCGCUCAGGGGGCUGUCAGCGAGAAGGGCUUCAAGAGAAUCACCCUCCAGGGCGGCACCCGUGGGCCCCACAGCGGUGGCUGUCUCCUUAGCCGGGCUCCUGGGAACUGCAUGGCGCCAGCAGCUCAGACGGGACACGUGCCACCAGCUGCUGGAGAGACAUGUGACCAGGAAAAACAUAGAGAUUCGUCUGGGCCUGAUCCCCCGCAGGGCCCAACACUCACAGGAAGCCGCCCGCCGGGUGGGAAAGCUCCCCUUGCCCCGGCUGAUUCGGCCGGGCCAGAGAUCCCUGGAGCUGCGGCCCAGGGAGCUGCUGUUCCUGGAGCAGGCGGCCUCAGAUCACCUGGAGCUCAACCUUCUCCACAAGCACCUGAGCUUCAGGUGGGGGCUGCCCACGCUCUACCAACAGUCCCUGGCCAAGCUGUUCCACGCAGGCCCCUCGCCCGCCCCGCCGCCCUCCAGCUCCCGCACAGCUGGGACCGAGUUCACGGAGCAGGAGCUGCCCUUCCUCCCACCGGGAGCCCAGGAGGAGCUGGAGCUGCACGUUAGGAAGAAGAGGCUGCAACACGAGUGGGGGCUGCCUCUCAUAGUCCAGAAAUCCAUGCGGGGCCUGAUGGCGGCUGCCCCCUGCCCUGGCCAGCCCAAGGCCCCUCCGCCAGCCGACGGGGACGUGGCCGUUCUCCAGCCCGAGCUGUCCUUCCUCAGUGAGGGCAGCAGACGAGAGCUGGAGCUCAGCCUCCGCAAGAGACUCAUGCACCGGCGCUGGGGGCUUCCCAGGAGGAUCCAGGAGUCGGUGCGGCUGCUCCAGCCUGCCGCAGCCCCUGCGGAGUUCAGGCCUCGCAGCCAUACAGAAAAGGAUGCAGAGGGGCCUUUCCUGCUGCCCUGGCACAAGAGCACUGUGCACCUGGAGCAGGGCGUGGGGAAAGCCAGGAGAGUUGUCACUGCUCCCCACCCGCGGCUCAGCCUGGGACGUGAUGCUCAGGAGCGGCUGCAGAUCCACGUGGCAAAGAAAUGUGUGGAGACCCGGCUGGGGGCCGUCCCUGCUGCAGUGAGAUGCUCUUGGCAAAGGCUGCAUCUCGUGUCCCGGCUGCCCCUCCCCAAGCUGAUCCCUGCUGGGGACAGGACCCCGAAAGCCAGGAGCCCCCAGCUGCCCUUCGUGCACCCGGAGGACGUCUGCCACCUAGAGCUAAAUGUGCAGCACAAACAUCUCACGGCCCUGUGGGGCCUGGGCACUCUCUACACCCAGUCGCUCAGCAGGAUGGUCCCCAGGGCGCCCCCUGGGCCAGUUCCACCCCGUGAGACUGAAGUCGAGUUCUGGGCGCAGGAGGCUUUGUUCCUGGGCCCGGAGGCCAGAGAGGCCCUGGAGCUGCAUGUCAGGAAGAAGAGGCUGCAGCACGAAUGGGGCUUCCCCGCACUCAUCGAACGGUCGCUCAGAGCCUUUGUGCCGGAGCCGACCGCAGCCCGCCAACGCGCCGAGCUGCACAUCCUUGUCCUGGGGCAGGAGCCUUCGCUCAUGGACGGGGACACGAGAGGCCGCCUGGAGCGUCACCUCCGGAAGAUGAUGCUGCAGCGGAGGUGGAGCCUUCCCCGGAGGAUCCAGGAGUCCUUGCGGCUGUUUGCUGCUUUUGCCCCGCCGGCUGUCCCGCAGCUUCCUGGGGCCGGUGGAGAAAGGGGCGUCGGGCAAAGCCGGCUGGGGCCCAGCCAGCCAGACAUCCCCGCAGGGAGCUGCUUGGCAGGAGACAGCAGAUCCCAUGGCCUUGCUGCUGAGCGGAGGGAUGAGCUCCAGCGGCACCUCGCGAGGAAGUGCCUAGAGAUCAGGCUGGGGGUGAGGCCGGCCCUGGUGAAGAGAUCCCAGAGAGCGGCCAGGGAGGGGGAGAGGAUACGCCUCCCCAGGCUGAUCUGCGCAGGCCAGAAGCCCCCCAAGCCCAGGGCCGGCUCCCUGCUCUGCCUGCCACCCACGGCUGUGAAUACACUAGACAUGAAUGUGAGACACAAGCAGCUGGUGCAUUUCUGGGGGCUGCCCACGCUGCAGGCGGCGUCUCUGCGGAGGAUGAUGCCAAAGGCUCCGGCUGUGCCGCUGGGGAGUGCAGCGGGGAGGGCCUGGACGCAGAUGGGCCUGGCUGGACGCGUGGGGGCUGAGGAGCUGGAGAGGAAUGGCUACAAGGAGCCGCCUCUGGUCAUGGGGCCACCUCUGAUCACAGCCAAGGUCAGGGACCGUCUAGAGAGCCACAUCCUGAGAAAGAAGCUCCAGCACGAGUGGGACUUACCGCGGGUGGUGCUGAGAUCCCUGGGUGCGUUCACACCCCCACCACCUGGGAGGGGCCUCCCGAGGCGGGUCCAGGCCCCAGCCAGCGAAAGCGUCACCACGGGCAGCCUGCUCUUCCUGCACAUGGAAACCAGGGAGCACCUGGAGUCACACGUGAGGAAACUGGCCCUGGAGCGGAGAUGGGGCCUGCCCAAGAGGAUCCUGGAGUCCUUAAGGAUGUUCCUGCCGCCUGCCCCACCAGGAGCAGAGCCCAGAGGCCAAACCCAGCCCCGGCUCCAUGUCUUCCCUACACUCCCCCAAGGUCCUACAGCCCUCUCCACGGGGCAAUCGGAAGAGCUCCAGCCAGGCCCCGGGGAGCCCCUCACCCACCGGUCCCAGCACUGGCUUGAAAUGGGGGUAAAGGAGGGCAAAGCCAGCUGCCCUGAGGCAGUGUCCCAACACACCCUGGGGAGCAGCAGCAGGAGAAGCCAGGAGACCUCCCAGACGAGCAAUGGGGAAGGGCCCCCCAGCUCCCCACGCCACUUCCCGGAGGACAAGGCAGAGCUGAAAUCCACCCUGGACUUUCCCAGGAAGAAGGUGCUGGGAAUUUCCCACAGGGCCCAGGAAUCCCAGAGACAGGCCUUGCGCCCAGCGGCCCAUGAUCCCCACCCACAGCAGAGAGAGCAGAGCUCUGAGGAAAGUCCCGGGCAGUGGAGGACCCACGAUGGCGAAGGAGCUCCGCGGAUGGCGGGGACCAGCAGGCGCUCCCGGAGCUCGUCUGUGGAGACAGCCAUUUGGAAUGAGAAGAGGAUCUUGCGGGAGCUGGAAUCCAGCUUCAGGAGAAUAGCCCAGAGCCGCGGCCGCCAUGGCCCAGGGGGCAAGCAGUCUCUGUCUCUGGAAAUCGUGGGCCACCUGGAAAUGGACCAAUGCACAUGCUUGGACUGCCCGUGCUGCAAGCUCGAGGUGUGGGACGGCGCCCGCUCUCCGGGGGCCAGCUCUCCUGGGUGGCAGACACAUCGUAUCCAUGCAAGGGGGUCAGCAACUCUCCUAGGAGAUGCGGCAGCUCCAAGCCCUCUGCAUGCUGAGCCCGGAUGGCAGGGGCAGGGCACUCCCAGCGUGGCAAAAUAUGAACCACCUGCCUCCUCUCUGUCGUCUCUGGAGGGCAGUGAGUCCAGGGCCUCUGACUGGUCUGUGGGAGAAAGCUCUCGCGCAGCCUCUCGCCCAGCGCCCGAGGGGCCCAUGCUGGCACGGGUGCAUCUUGCUUCUCUGCGAGCCGCAGCACACCAGCUGGACAUCCACCUGGCACAGAAGGCCCUGGGCUCCUUCAUCCUGCCGCCCUGCGUCAUACGCUCCCAGGCCAUCUAUGCCGACAUGGCAGCUGAGCGGCUGAGAGCCGCUGCCCAGGAACACAGGCGGGAAAUGAACAUCCGGCUGCAGCGCAGGAGGGGCCGGAAAAGCCAGAUGGGAGGGCCCCAUCAGGAAGCCCUGGGAGAAAGAGCCCGCCCCGCGGGCACAGGAGAGCCGGGAUUCCCGACAGCUGGCUCCUUGGGCCAGAGACUAAUCAGAGAGUCCCAGAGCCAGGCAAACCAGUACCUGUGUGAGACAUGCCAUGGCCUCUUCACCGCCGGUGAGGAGGGACUCAGCCCCCAGCCCUGGCCUGCCGAGGGGGCUGGGAAGUCAGACGUGGCGAGGACUCAGCUAGAGACUCACGUGCACUCGAGGGGCAGGAAGACAUCAGAUGAUGCCUGCAGAGGGGAGCAAGGUGCAUCCUACCAGCGGUCUCGGGAUCUGAGCCGUGCAGCUGGUGCCCCCCCAUAUGAAGGUCCCGCUGGCGCUGAGGAUGGAGAGGAAGCGGGGGGCCAGAUGUGGGCCCCACCAGCACAUCACCCCCGGCUAGUAACCAGAGACAAUGUGGGAGACAAAGGUUCGUCUGCAGCCUCCAAUGAGCUUGUGGGCUCCCUGUCCAGCAGCCGGUGGCCAGCCAGCCCCUCGGAGCAGCGCCCACGGUCUGCAGAGGGGCUGUCCCAGUUCAGCACCGAGGGCGAGUGGGAGAUGGUCGGGGACUGGGACAGCGAGGCCGUGGCAGCCUGGGAUGCGGAAGGAGAAGGCAGCCUGGGGUGGAAGGAGAGGAGGGACACUGAGGGGCGACGCGGCAUGAGAGAGAUGCUGGCGGAGGGGACAGGCCCCAGGGCUGGAACCAACAUGAGGCAGACAGAGGCCCUGGUGCUGACUGAGGCACCGCCCGGGGCUGAACAGCCGCCCCGUGCACCUCCAGGGAGAGGGGCUGAGUCACCGUCCGUCCCCUGCAAGGGGAAGGGCUCCACCUUCAGGGGAAUCAUGCUGGGCUUCCUCAAACGCGUCACCUCCAGGGCAUCAGUGGAGAAGAGAGGGCAGGUCGACAGGUCGGUGGCUGCACCACACGGAGCACCGCCACCCCCUCAGAAACUCGCCCCAUCCCCCAAGAGCGUGACCUUCAAUGCCAACGUUCAUGUGCGGGCAGAGGUCAGGAGAUGCCAGCUGUGUUCCAGCGCGGAGGAGAUGGACGGUGCUGGGAGAAAGGAGCCAGCUGCAGCUGCUCGGACCAGGGGGCUGCCAGGGAAUGGGGCUCCCCAGGGAUCUGGGGCGGCCUUCCCCGAUGCCAGGCGAGGGGACAGCGUGACCAGGGGAGAACCACCUUCUCCAGAGGAAACAGGGCUCUCAGCAGAGUAUGGUGGAUACCAAGAACAGGUGACCCUGAAAGUGACCGAAUGCAGGGAGGGGAAAGUGCAUGACCCCAGUGGGACGCCGGCUGCGUCAGCGGGACCUUCCGCCCCAUGGCCACCACCCCCAGUCUGCCCCGCUGCCAGGGACGCCAGAACAACCGGCAGUCACAAGGGAGAAGGAGGCAAAGGAGUCUCACAGUCUGGCUCAGCAGCCCUGGGCUCCAACCAGCCGUCUCCCAGGGAGUCCUCCAGAACAAAGCUCAGAGAGCAGCGGGGUCGGGCACUCAGCCCUUCUCGCCCACGGGGCCGCUCCAGGAGCCGGGUGGAAGGCCCGUGGUGCAGCGGCAGGGCCAGAAGACCAGACAGCGAGGGGAUCCAGGUCCGCAGCAGAGAGUGGAGAUCCAGCAGCAGGGGGAGGCCCACCAGCAGAAGAACAAGGUCCAGAAGCAGAGAAGAGGAAUCCCUGGUGGGAGAGGGAGUCCAGGAUUGGCAGGGCACACACAGGAGGCCAGGCAAGGCCAGGUCACACGGAGUGGCCACAGCAGCCAAUGGCGUGGGAGGAAAUGCCACCGAGGACACAUCCGGGACAGUAGGAGCGUCUAACCUGGAGCACCGUGGGCACCGGGCCAGGCUGGAAACUGAGCUUCCGCAGCCAGGGUCACAUCCUGGCAAGAGCACAGGCCAUGUGUGCUGGUUCCACCAGCAUCGUGCUCACGCCCACCUUCGCCACGUACACGACAGAACGCCAGCGCUGCGCGAAGAGAACCUGUGUUCGGCGGAGGAAGCUGUCCCUGUCACUCAACAGCGCCACCUCUGAAGAGGAGAGCCGCCUCCGGGCCUUGGACGAAAGUUAGGGUUGGGUCUUG